AUGGCGGAGGUGCGAUGUAGGUGCGGAUUUUUGGCUCCAAUGAAGAUGUCAUGGAGUUAUGCUAACCCAGGGAAGAGAUAUAGGGCAUGUCCAAGAUACGGGGGAAAUGACAGCUGCAGGUAUUUUGAAUGGAUGGAUUAUAAUGUCUCCGAAAGAGUUACAAAUGUGCUUAGAGGCUUGUUGAAGAGGGCAAAUAAGUAUGAGCAUGAAAUUGAAAAGCUGCAAUUUACAAUUGAGAAAAAGGAGCAUGAAAUUAAGAAGAAGAUUUGGGAGUUAAAUUUGAAGUUUCUGUAUGGAUUUGGAUUCGGUGUUCUAUUUGCAGUCCUUGUUAUGAGUAUUUGGAUGAGAAGUGGUGAACCAAGUGAAGGGUUAUUGCAGCUCAAGUAG